AACUGUUUGUGUACCCUUUUGUCAUGAAGUUGUUGUUAUUAACACUUGUAAAGGCAAAUUGAUUUGAAUAAAUGGAUUUUCAUAUCCAGGCACAUUUAUUAGGGUUGUUACUUACAGAUUUUAAUAAAUUUGAGUUAGGCUACAAUUGUUGAUAUAUCUUAAGGGUAUUCAAGCUUCGGCCAAGCAUAAAUUAUAUUGAGCAAGAAGAAUGUCACUCCUAUUGCAGCAUGUGGCAAAGCUAAUUACGCGCAAUUCAGCAGCAGCAAGCAGAUGCCGCUAUGCAACCGAUGCAAUUUUGGGCGAUGGCAAUGAGGUGCUUGUGGAGCGACUCGAUGGCAAACAGGCCGGCAUAACAGUGCUGGGACUGAAUAGGCCGGCAGCAAAAAAUGCAUUCAGUCGUGGCCUGGUCAACACGUUUAGCGACAUCCUCGAGGAGAUAAAGCGCGACAACGAUUCGCGUGUAGUCGUCUUACGCAGCCUCACACCGGGAAUCUUUUGUGCUGGUGCCGAUUUGAAGGAGCGCAAAGGCAUGACCACCGAGGAGACCAAGGAAUUUGUGAACCAGCUUCGUGGGCUGCUUGUCUGCAUUGAGCAGCUGCCAAUGCCAGUGAUUGCGGCUCUGGAUGGCGUUGCUUUGGGUGGGGGCUUGGAAAUGGCACUCGCCUGCGAUAUACGUACAGCGGCAGCGAAUGCGAAAAUGGGUCUGGUGGAGACGCGUCUGGCCAUAAUACCCGGCGCCGGCGGCACUCAACGACUGCCCCGCAUACUCUCACCAGCCCUGGCCAAGGAGUUGAUUUUUACGGCACGUGUGCUCAAUGGAACAGAGGCCAAGGAUUUGGGCCUCGUUAAUCAUGUGGUGCCUCAGAAUGAAACGAAAGAUGCUGCCUAUCAGCAGGCCGUAAAACUUGCCGAGGAAAUUCUACCUAACGGACCGGUGGGCGUGAGAAUGGCUAAGCUGGCCAUAGACAAGGGCAUGCAGGUGGAUCUAAGCACGGGCUACUCCAUCGAGGAGGUCUGCUAUGACCAGGUUAUACCCACAAAGGAUCGAUUGGAGGGGUUGGCAGCAUUCGCUGAGAAACGCAAGCCGAUAUACAAGGGUGAAUAACAAGUGAGAGGGGAAUUCUAAUUAUAAGCCAAAGUGCAUUUAUUAGUUAUUGUUACCAAAAUACAAUUUUGAAAUGCAAUUAAAUAUGUAACAACUAAUUCAA